ACUUGAAAGAGGUAAUACCAAAAUGAACAAAUUUGCUGCUGUUGUAUUUUUUGCUGUUGCCUGCAUUUAUGGCGCCAGUGGAAAACCAAAUUUUGAUUUUCUAUCUGAUGCUUCAUCAAUGUUUGGCAAAGGAAAAGAAUCAUUUAAACCUGAAGAAUUCACCGAAGUUUUAACCAAACCCGUUUCCGGUUUUCAAACUAUGUCAAAACCCGUUGAAGUUUUACCCGUUGUCGAAGUAGAACGUCAAAAAGAAAGUUUCGCUGAAAAACUUGGCAAAGCCAUAUUGGACCCUCUACAUUUGAAAAAAAAAUUAGACAAAGCUUUCCAUCAUGAAAAAGAAGUUGAAUUGGUACCUGUUGCUCCUCCUACUCCUCCCGUUGUCGAAGUUGUUCAACCCAUCGUAGUUGCUGCCGAAACCGUUCCUGCCCCUGCCCCUGUUGCUGCUAAAACUGCUCAAGUUGUCACCGAAACCGAAACCAAAGUUGUAAAAUCCGUUCAAGACGCUGGAACUGCUGCUACUGGUGUUGUUGCCGCUGCUGGUGGUCACGGAAAAUCUGGUGGUCACGGUGGAUCUGGCGGUCACGGUGGAUCUGGUGCCGCUGCCACUGCUGCUGCUGCUGCUGGAGCUGGUGGUGAAGCUGGUGGUGCUGCUGUUGCUACCGCUGCUGCCGCUACUGCUGCUUAAAAACUUUAUUAUGACCUUAUUUACACGCAGAAAUAAA